GUUUGUUUAUAUAGAGUAAACAAAAGGUAUAUUUUUGUAAGUGCAAUUUGUUUUGGAUCAAAAUUUAUGUGCGCGGCGGUGCUUGAAACAGCUUUUGAGGAAUUCGUGGAUGUUCAGCCGAGUCAAUGAGCAAUGAAGGAACCGCGGCUCUUGUGCAAUAUUAUAGAGGCCAUCGUUAAUUUAAAGGAGAGAAACGGAUCCACCGAGAAACAGAUUACCGACCACCUGGGUGAAAUCCUCAAGAAGGACCCAAAUCAACGCCGUAAUUUAGCUGUCCAAAUAAAACGGGCCAUCGACCAUGGUGUAAAAACUGGUUUGGUCAAGCGGAACAGGGGCAAGUAUUCGGUCGGACUGAACGUCAGCGUCAUCAAAUCAUUGAGGAACAUGCCGUUGGUUGAACCUUGCAGUUCGGUGAAGAGAGGGAGACGGCGGCGCCGACGCCGCAGGAGCGGCAGGAGGAGGAGCCGAAGGAGCAAGAGGCGUCGCGGAAGGCGCCACGCUCUGACUGAGAACGACGUCAGUGAGGAGGCAGAAUCGGCAUCGGAAGGGAGUCUUGACGGUGCAGAUAGCCCAAGCGACAGGGCGAGUAGGCGCAGGCGCAGACGUCGCAGGAGAAGGAGCAGGCGCAGGCGCAGAAGGGGUUCGAGACGGGGCCGCAGACGACAGCUGAGCGCCGAAAAUACAGAUUCGGCCGAGUCCGUCAGCAAAAGUUCGUCCGACAAUUUGAACGGGGAAAAAACCAAACAGGAAACCUCGCAACUAGAAUUUAAGUCAGCGCCGGUUAGCCGCACGGAAAGCCGUCACAACCUUCUGUGCGAUCAGCAUCAGAAUAAUAGUACGGAGGAGGCGCUGGAGUGCGGCAAUCCCGAAUGCCUGUGCGGUAUUAACGCAGAGUCCACCCAGAGACACACGCCACAAGACAACUAUCACAAUUCGUAUCUCAAUUGAAUGAACCCUGUAUAAUAUAACGUCACAUCCACGAAUUGAGCAAACCUCCUCGUAUACAUCCACCAUAACUUUUUUUUUUAAUUUAUCACGACCGUUGUUAAAAUUGUCUACAAUAUACCGAAUAUUUAUUUUGUUA